AUGGCUAUUUCUGAAGCUUCUGAACCAGAUUCGGAAGACACUAGAGAUGCGCAGAUGAGUGUAAAUUCGGUUCGUUUUCGCCGGGAAUGCAUACUGCCUUCUUUUGAGGACAUAUCAGAUCUAAAUCGUUGUUUUCAGAAAUUCAGCUUUGAAAUUAGGAAAGUUGAACGGCGUACUCUCUCCAAAUUUGAAAUAGAUCAAACGUCUGGUAAACUUUUUUUAAGUAAUGAAGAUAACUUAAGAGCUUCUAUUGCUUUGAAUUCUCUACAAUCGUUGGUAGACACCAAUAGACGGAGCCAUUUCAGCAAGAAAGCGCCGAAACGUUCGAAAGAACCCAAGAAAAAGAACUAUACUUUUCAAGAAAAAUUGAGCUCAAACAAGGAAAAACGUGAAAAAACUCUGUUAAAACGAUAUUCACAAAAGUUGGAUCCGGCGUUGACUUUUCCAUGUGAGGGAUCUCUUGUUAUUCCAUCUGACGAACUCGAUGUCUACGAAUAUUUUGGGGGAGCACAACUAGCACUUUUGAACCCAAUUCGCAUCAAGCUUCAUUGCUUUAUCGAAUAUUCGCCGAAAUUAUCCCUAAUUCAUAUUCGUUGUGCAGAUUAUAUAAAACUCAAAGAGGCGUUACGACACGCCUCAUAUCAACGAUUAGAGAGGUCGCGUCUUAUUCUACAUAUUCUCAACGUGGAUUGUUCCUAUUCAAAUACCAAAGUAUUUUAUGAUCGGGAAUUCAUCCUUUCGAGAAAAUUUCUUCCUCGCCGUAUUCAUUUACGAGCAAUUGCUUCUCAUUCUUCUUGUACAAAUGGAACAACAUUUGAAAAGAUUCGUACUGGCAAUGUUCAAAUCAUGAAAAAUUACAUUUUAGCCUCUCUGUUUAAUGUCUAUUUAUAUAUCGGGAUUGUUUACGUAAGAGUUAAAAUUGGUGUUCCAUUGUUUGAGAGGCUAAAAAUUAGUGAAAACGAGACAAACACUAAUACGGUAGAAGAUGCGUCUAAAAUUCUGCUUGAAAAACAAACACAGUCCUCCUUUCUUAGGUAUUUGGCUCCUAAUGAUGUAUCUGAGAAGAUUUUGGCAUCAAUGGAGUCAAUCAAAGAUGAACGAGGAAAUCAAGUAUUUGAAGCUUUUAGGACGGAUCAUCUUACUGUCGUUCAUUUUACAUUAAUCGAUACUCAGUCCUGUAAAAAGACUUUAACUGCGAUCUGGGAUAAACCAGUUGGACGGCCUAACAGAUGGUACCUUGAGAGUAGUAUGAAGGAUGCCCUAAGCAUUACACACUGUAAUUUAAACACGCUUUCUUGGAAUUUUUAUAUUAAGUAUGGGAAGCCUUCCCGUGAUUCGAAAGCAUAUAGCGACUUCGCGUCUUCAAUUGUUAUGGACUCUAACGCCCGGAUUUACUUUUCGAAUACUUCUCAAAUUUUUGUUCAAACUAUAAUCAUUAAAUUAAAACAUAAAUUUUACCAUAUAACCUCUGGUUAUCACCUUCAUUUAACUCGCUUCGAGGGACAUUCAAUGGGACAAAGCAAAUAUAUUGAUUCCGAUAGGCAACCUGGAAUCCAAACGUAUCAAUUAGGCCAGGACACUUCUAUACUUCGCUAUGGCUUAUCAUUUUGGGAUCCCAAUUGGGAUCGCCUUUUUGUCGAAAAUCAACACAGAUUAUCUGGAAGCUCUCCUACUUACGAGCCGUCCCUUCAAACGUUCUUUCCAAAAGGGAUUGAGGCAUUCAUUUAUCAUUCUCAAUCUAUAACUUUACAAGUGGCUUCCCUCGCAAAUCAUUUCGACGGCGAUCAGAAUAUAUUUGAAGCGGACAAUUCUAUUAGCGACUCUAUGAUUUAG